UCUCGGCUUUUUACAAUGACCAGCUAACUUCAUAGCUGUUGUGUCGUUGUACAGAAAGUGUGUAAUUAAAGCCGUCAAUAUCAAAAGGGAAAAGAAAAAAAAUUUCAAUUGAAAAGAGAAGAAACACUUCCAGUGUAGGGACACAAAAAGUCAAAAAUCAAUUUCAAUCGGCCACAUAUUACGAGUAUGGAUCAAAGAGAAUUGCGUAUGAACAUUGUUGCUAUCAAACGUGUGGAUCCUUACGCAAAAGACAUUGUCGAUAGUUCAGCUCACGUUGCCUUUUACACAUUCAAUAAAGAAGAAGAGGAGUGGGAAAAAACGGACGUGGAAGGUGCAUUUUUCAUUUAUAGCCGUAACGCCGAACCAUAUCACAGCGUAUUCAUAAACAAUAGAUUGAAUACAAAAUCGUUGGUUGAACCAAUCACCGCCCAGAUAGAAUUGCAAAUCGAGGCACCGUUUAUGCUGUAUCGUAACGAACGUAGCCGUACACGCUGUUUCUGGUUUUACAACAAAGCUGAAUGCGAACGAAUUGGCACACUGGUGGAACGGAUCAUUCAAAGCAGCGAUAAGAAUUCAAAUUACAAAGAUAUUUCCUUCUUACAACAUUCACAACAAAUGAACAAGAACGUGGACAUAUUUUCGAUGCUGACAAAGGCGCAGGAGGAUUUCAACAAUUCGGUUGCUGGAAUUCCUGGCGUUCCGGCUGCUGGUAUGAGCACAACGCUGCCAAACAAAUUUCCGGACAAAAGUCAAACAAAUCCCGAUGUGACAUCUCAAAGUGUGAUGAAUUUCUUCGCAGCGGCUAAACCGGCCGCCCCCAAAGAAGUUCCGUUUUUCCAGCGAAUGUUAUCCCAACCGGUGCAUGUCGAUCAAAUUGAGAAACAACAACGAACCGUUACGCCGCACGAAAAGAACAAUUCACCGCCACAGGAAUCCAUCAAUAUUCCGAAUUCGUCGACAGCCGUCGAAAAUGGUUCCGGUGCUACGUUCAUGCGAAUUCAUUCGCCGAAUCAUCCGCCAGAAUUUGGUACCUCUCCUUUCGCCAAUUUUCUGUCGACUUCGAAUCGACCACCUGCACCACCUACAGCUAAUACGACGGACGUUAGUGAAUUGGAACUGAGACAGAAGCCGUUGCAGGCACUGCUUAAGAAAACCGGUGAACCAAUCACCGGCCAGAGUAAACCUGCCCUAAUGUUACCGACAAUGUUUGCCGUGACACAAAAUUCGGUCGAUAAAGGUGGCAGAUCCGGUGCGGAAUCUUUGGCAGCGACGUUGGGCCAACUGGAGCAAGCGUCAGUAGUACCUGGUAAACCGGAACCGUUAACGCAAAGUCAAUUGCUGCAAGCGAUGUCGUAUCUCAUCAAAAAUGACACGGACUUCGUAAAGAAAUUGCACGAAGCCUAUUUGAAAUCGUUCACCGAGAUGGUGUCCCUAAAUUGUCUAACUGCAUUGAACAAAUUAAUGAUGGAUCAAGGUCAGCAAGGUGGCUAUGGAUUGAGCAUUGCUGAAGUUAAAUGUUCAGAUCCUCAUGCAGAAACAAUCUUGGACCGUGCACAUAACGUGGCUGUUUUCACAUGUAGCCCCGAAAUGAAUGACUGGUCAGAAGCCUUCAACCAAGCAUCAGUACUCGUCUAUAACCGUAGUUAUGAAUCAGGCUACGCCCUGUUUACAUUCGACCGCGCUUCUCGCACUCAAGAAGUGACAACUCUUGCGCCUCAGAAGGAAUUCCAUUUCGAGGCACCGUUUUUGUUCUGUAAGGACCUGGGACGUGUUCGUUGUUUUCGAUUCGAAACUGAGGACGAUUUUAAUCGAAUUAGCAAACUCAUCCGCCAUCUAAUGCAAAGCAUACGCUUCCGCUCGCAACACAUGCCCAGGUACAACUAUACUGAUGUCCUGUCAAUGUUGGCAGACUCUCAGGGGGUGUCUGAUCAUUCAGCCGAGCAAUCGAACCAAGCUAAUGAAGCCAUGACAUCACUAUCAAGGACAACACCAUCAAAUGUAUGGACAAUUCUUGAUGAUGAAAAUGAACCAAUGCGACACGCUCGAAUUGAAGGAAAUGAAACAGUCCGAUCAUGCGAGAGUGUAACAUCUGAAACGCCAUUUAAUUUUGAUCCCCCCAAUCCAGCGACGAGCCAGUCAGUGUUAAAUACAAUGUUUCCAUUAUCCUCAAGGACGACAGCGGCAUCGCCAUCCGUCAUUGAUGCCGUAAAUGCAGCAAUGAAACCAAUGAAACACUUCCCAAACCAAGUGAAUGAAACAUUAGUCGAUCGGUCUAGCAUUUUUUGCUCCUCAAAUCCAGCCGCAAGACUAGGAUAUCGACCGAUAUCAGAACUCUCAAGGACAAGACCGACAUCUUCAAAAGUUUUGAGCAAUUUUGACCUCGCAAACGCAGCCAAGUUCAAGAAACGCAGCCUAAAUGGAGAAGAUAAACUAAUUCCAUCAACCGCGCCCGCAAGGACAUAUCCUCCGUCGUCAUAUAUUUCUCGCGACACAAAUGCACGAAGGCGUCAGGUAGAUAAAGCUGCAUCAUCACUAUUCAGGACAGCACCGGCAUCGUCAAAAGCUAUGAGUACUACUGAUGCCGUAAAUGCAGCGAUGGCGCACGACCUGUACCAAGUUGAUAAAUCGAGUCCAUCAUAUUCGAUUAUGACACCGGAAUCGACAUCUGUAAUGAGUAUGUCGAAUGGCGCAAAUGCUGCAAAGAAGAGGACGUUACCAGCACCGUUGCGUGUCGAUAAAAUCGAGAAACGACAGAAAAUUGCAGCGUCUUUUCAGUGCAGUCAAACGAAUUCAGACACUGUCAGCCAAGCUUCAUCGUCGUCUCAUCAUUUGCCACAAUUGAUGUCAUCAACGUCGACACGUCGUGAAGACGAAGCCGAAGCUUCCGCAUGGGAAUCUCAUCUGAAUGCUACCAUUCGACCGAAGCCAAAAUUGUACUCGCCACUUAUGUUCAUGGAUAGGAAACCAUUGCAGAACGAUACUUCUACGCCAACGGAGGUCACUGGGGUGAUUGGAUUGAAUAAACCGGGACGGUAUGGCAGUUUGAAAGCAUUUAUGCACGAUCCAAUUAAACCUUCGCCCCUUGUGUCCAUGGAACGGAAACAAUCAACAAACGAAACCUUCAAUGCUUCGGUGAAAACAGGAAUGGAACAAUUGUCAUCGGGGGUGUUUCGGGUGAAUUCGUCGGAGAGAAAUGGCAAUGACAGCCCGGAACCGUUGACACAAAAUCAAUUGUUGCAAGCAAUUUCACAUCUUAUCAGAACGGACACUGGCUUUAUGCACAAAUUACAUCAGGCGUACUUGCAAUCUUUCCGCGAAAUGCUAUCCAAAACGAAUUGACUUUUUAAAUGUGAUCAAGGGGUCAACGACAAUUUUCUUAAGUUUAAAGCGGUGCAAUGAGAAACGAAUUGGACUUGCGGAAUGUCCGCUUAAUAUCGACGAAUCAAGCACUCAAUUUGACAGGAAGUUAAAUCCUACUUGUGACAAAUUCUGUUAGAUGUAAUGAGUCUUUGGUUCAAAUUUCAAUAAAAUAUUUAUAUAAGAGUC